CCCUAUCGUUGACUUAUAGUGGACUGCUGUUGAGUAUUAAUAAAUAAACAAACUGAAUUAUAUUGUUGCGAUAUUACGAUAAAAUGAGUGGAAACCAUGUUAUCACUACCAUUUUCAGCGAGUUCCAGAAAAGUUUGGAUGAAGAACAAGAAUUACGCGAGGUUAUACGUAAUAUAUGUAAAGAUGUGGAUCAAAUAUCGCGUAAAAUAACGACCGUUUUGCAAGUAAUACACCAUAAUCAAGCCGAAAUUGGUCAAGCGUGCUUGCAAGCGCGCGAGUUAUUCGAGAAAGCAAGUGAAGGUUAUGGAAAGUUAAAAGAAGCUGUUCCGUCAACAGAUUAUUAUAAAUAUCAGGAUCAUUGGCGAUUCAUGACACAGCGCUACUGCUUCCUCAUCUCACUGACGAUUUGGUUGGAGAAGGGCAUCCUAGCGGCACACGAAACCGUUGCAUCUAUUUUAGGCAUAAGUGCAGUCGAGGAGAAGGAAGGGUUCCAUCUAGACAUCGAAGACUAUCUGGUCGGACUCUUGCAGCUGUGUUCUGAACUAUCCCGUCUCGCAGUCAACUCGGUGACGCGAGGCGAUUACGAAAAGCCUCUUCAGAUAUCGAAGUUUGUAAUGGAACUCAACGCUGGUUUCAGAUUAUUAAACCUUAAAAACGAUCACCUACGGAAGAGGUUCGAUGCGCUAAAAUAUGACGUCAAGAAAAUAGAGGAGGUUGUCUAUGAUCUGAGUAUUCGAGGACUUUUGCCCAAAGCUCAGCAAAGUGCAGAAGAGGCAUAGACUGAUUUUUUUUAAUAAAGCUUUAAAAUAU